AUGUGCCACCAGGCCAGGCCCGGCCGUAGCCACCAGGCCAGGGCCCGGCCAGCACCAGGCCAGCCCGCACGCAACAGGCCAGGGCCCACCGUGCCACCCAGGCCCAGCCCCGGGUCAGCACAGGCGUCAGACUGGCUGUGCCACCAGGUCAGGCCCUGUCAGCACCAGGCCAGGCCUGGUCACCCACCACCUGGCCUGCCCAGCACAGGCCAGGCCCACCAGCCACCACAGGCCAGGCCUGGCCAGCACAGCCAGGCCUGCACCGUGCCACCAGGCCAGGCCUGGCCAGCACAGGCCAGGCCUGGCUUAACAGGCCAGGCCCGGGUCCGCCACCAGGUCAGGCCUGACCGUGCCACCAGGCCUGGGCCUGGCCAGCACAGGCCAGGACUGGCCACACCAGGCCAGGCCUGGCCAGCACCAGGUCAGGCCUGGCCACCACCAGGCCUACCUGGCCAGCACUGGCGGUCAGGCCUUGCCAGCACUCAGGCCAGGCCUGGCCAGCGCCUGUGCCAGGGCCUGGCCUGGGUACUAGGCCUUGGCCUGGCCUGCACAGGCCUGGCCUGGGCUGUGCUACCAGGCCUGGCCUGCCAGCACAGGCCAGGCCUGGGCUGUGCCCACCAGGCCAGGGGCCUGGCUGUAGCACAGGCCAGGCCUGGGCCGCUACUGGUGUCAGGGCCUGGCCAGCACCAGGUCAGGCCAGCACCAGGCCAGGCCUGGGCUGCACCAGGCCUGGCCUCCAACGCCACCAGGCCUGGCCUGGGCCCACCAGGCCCGGCUCCGGGCCAGCCUCAGGCCAGGCCUGCCAGCACAGGCCGUGGCCUGCCAGCACCAGGCCAGGCCUGGCCCGCCCCGUGCCUGGGCCCAAACGUUAACAGGUCAGGCCUGGUCCCAGCACAGGCCAGGCCUGGCCAGCACAGGCCAGGCCUCGGCCAGACCAGGCCACCCCGGCCUGCACCAGGCUCAGGCCUGCGCCACCACCAGGCCAUGCCAGCCAUUAGGUUAGGGUUUGGUUAG